AUGGCAGGGCUACCUCCACUGCAGAAAGAUCCAUACGUACUAGCAUACAGGUACUGGGAAUACAUGACCAUCAAUCCGAGGCGACAACGCGAGCGUUGCAACCCGUACUACGAACAGCUGCUGGCAAACCAGCCUGAUCCGAAGAAAGGCGCUACGGACGAUCUAUCACGCGCGAUAAGUUAUGCCAGAGCACAUCAUGAAUGCUUCUAUGAGCUACGAGAUCCGCAGUCCGUACGAGCAGAAGCUCUAUCGCCCAGGGCAACACCGAGGGCGAGCUUGCAUAGCAAAUAUCUCGCUGAACGCCACAAGUAUUUCGGCGAGAUUUCCAAAAUAGAAAAGACUAAACGGCAUCGGGAGGUGGCUGGGAAGGUGGCCGCUCACUUGGGUAACGGUUACAUUCCACAGCACCCUUCCGAAUCCGGACAUGAGGCUCCAAACCUACCAACUUCGUACAAAACCUCGCCAGGAACAAAGAGUAUGUCCCGGAUCCGGCCCGCAUUUAUUUUUGAACAUCAAAACCCAUCGUGA